CACGUUGAGUGUUGUAGACACUUCUGCAUAUCCAAUCCACCUCUCCCUCUCUCCCCGCCUUCGCCUUCCUCUCUCAUUUGCCAUCUCUUUCUCCACCCAUGUCUCUGUCCUCGUCUGGAUCCCCCGUCCUCCCUUUCCUACCGUUUCCGUCUCUCCUUCACAAACCGCGGCUCCGAUGUGCGGCGGUUAGCGGCAAUCGUCUGGGGGAAGUUUCGAGCCGGAUGUUGGGCGGUGGCCGCGUGGGUGCCAAUCACUCAGAUUCGGAGAAUAAAGCGUACGCGGGUCAGAAUGGAGGAUUGGAGGCGCUUUAUGAUGAUGGGUUUGGGGACGUCAGCGUCAAAGACUACUUCGAUGCGUCUAGGGCGAUUAACAAGCCGGACGGCGGCGCCCCUCGCUGGUUCUGCCCCGUAGAGUGCGGGGCCCCGAUAAAGGGAUCACCUUUGCUGCUUUUCUUGCCCGGGGCUGAUGGUGUCGGGAUGGGGUUGAUUCUGCAUCACAAAUCGCUCGGAAAAGUUUUUGAAGUCAGAUGCUUGCACAUACCAGUAAACGAUAGAACACCAUUUGAAGGACUACUGAAAAUUGUGGACAAUGCUGUGAAGAAUGAACAUUCUAAGUUUCCACAUAAACCAAUCUAUAUUGUUGGAGAAUCCUUUGGUGGAUGCUUGGCUCUUGCUGCUGCAGCUUGCAAUCCUGAUAUUGACUUAGUACUGGUGCUAGUUAAUCCAGCAACAUCUUUUGGCAAAUCGCAAUUGCAGCCUAUAAUCCCUCUUCUGGAGGCUUUACCCAGAAAUCUUCAUGCUACUGUACCUUACUUCCUUAGUUUGAUCAUGGGUGAUCCUGUUAAAAUGGCUAUGGCGAGUGUUGAAGAAGACCUUCCUUUGCCAGAGCGACUUGAAAAUUUGUCCAACAAUCUCACUUCAUUAUUGCCUCUGCUUUCUGACUUGGGAGACAUUAUACCGAAAGACACUCUUUUGUGGAAACUCCGCCUGCUUAAGUCAGGUUCUGCUUAUGUGAAUUCUCGUCUGCAUGCUAUUUCAGCUGAAGUUCUAGUUCUUGCCAGUGGGAAGGAUAACUUGUUACCAAGUGGGGAUGAAGCAGAUCGACUUUGGGCUUCACUAAAGAAUUGCAGAGUUAGAUAUUUCAAGGACAGCGGACACACACUAUUGCUAGAAGAGGGCAUUAAUUUAUUAAAUAUUUUGAAAGGCACCAUCACAUACCGUCGUUCUAGACAAUAUGACACGGUGACAGAUUACCUUCCUCCAUCUCUCAGUGAUUUCAGAAAAACGUUCUCUCAAAACGAGAGAUGGUAUGUAGCUGCAGCAAGUCCAGUCAUGCUAUCUACUCUUGAAGAUGGAAGAAUAGUCAGGGGUCUUGCAGGUGUUCCCGAUAAAGGUCCCCUACUUUUAGUUGGAAAUCAUAUGAUAUUGGGGCUAGAGCUUCGUCCUCUUUAUGAGGAAUUUUUAAAGGAGAAAAAGGUCAUUAUACGUGGCAUGGCACACCCUUUUUUAUUCUCAAGGGAUACCGAAACUCCACGGAAAGAGAUUUCUAUCAAUGAAACUCUCAGUGUUUUUGGUGCAACACCUGUGACUCCAAUGAAUAUGUAUAGGCUAUUUUCAAAGGGAUCAUUUAUACUCCUGUAUCCUGGAGGUGCUCGUGAAGCUCUACAUCGUAAGGGUGAAGAGCACAAGUUGUUUUGGCCAAACCAUCCAGAAUUUGUUCGUAUGGCUGCUCGCUUUGGGGCGACCAUAGUUCCGUUUGGAGUCGUUGGAGAGGAUGAUCUGAUAGAGGUACCCCAUCCUAUGUUCAUUAUUUUGUUGGUUUUUGAUUACAAUGAUCUGGAGAGCAUUCCAUUCAUCAGAGAGAGGAUAGAAGAACUGAAUAAAACCAUCACCAAUAUAAGGAUCAAUGCCGACGGAGAGGUAUCAGAGCAACCGAUGUAUUUGCCUGGAUUUCUUCCAAAAUUACCUGGUCGACUGUAUUAUCAUUUUGGAAAACCAAUUGAAACACGUGGAUUGGACAUUCUGAAGAAUAAAAAGGAUGCAAAUGCGCUAUAUCUAUGCAUAAAGUCAGAGAUUGAAGGCUCAAUUUCUUACUUGAAGCAGAAAAGGGAGGGCGAUCCAUACCGAAGCAUUGUACGGAGAAUUCUCUAUCAGGCUUCAUUUGGUUCUUCAGUCGAAGUACCUACCUUUGAACCAUGAUUUGGAUGUUCUUCUCAUACCAUUCAGCUCAAUUCUUUUAAAGCACAUGAAUUACAAAGACACUUCAACACUACAUCUACACAAGCUUGGAUGGAGCUUUUGGAUCAAUGAAGAAUGAGAGUGAUCAUUGGAAGCUAAGAAAAGAUGAAAUUCGUUUUUAUUUACAUUGUUGAAAAGCAGUUAUUAUUUUGGCUGCAGAGUAUGAAUAGGAAUAGUUCAUGCUCUCUCUAUUCCAAUAACUUAUUUCUUUAUUUGUAUGACAGUGAAUUAUAUAUAUUAAAAUGUUGUUUGCAUCAAUGUCUAACCAA